AUGGACAUUGCUAUCCAGAAUGGAGUGAUCGAGCAAUUUGCUGCCAUCCAUGUCGAUCCAAAUGGAGAAUCGCAAGCUCACCGUUCCUGCGGUUUUUUCUCCUGGCACCGACGUCUUUUGGUCGCUCUGGAGAGUUACCUUCGUGACCAAGAUCCAAAGUUUGCUUGUGUGACGCUGCCGUACUACGACGUGCAUGCUGCGUUCGUUCGCCAGGCUGCAAAGGAGUGUGACAACUUGUACGAAUGCUCAGACAUUUUGCAAGAGAUCGGAGGCAACAAAAAAGCUCAGAGUGAGAAGGUCUCAUUGACGCUGAAUGGCAAAACGUCUACCGGGUACCCAAUUGAUGGCUAUCCGUUGAAUCACAAUUGCGAUGACACAAAGGUGUGCGGCUACGCACUUCGGAGUGAUUUGGCUACAAAGCCUGUGCCGUCAGGCGCGGGGUUUGCAUCGUUCCUGAACACUGUACGUAGUUCCUCGGACUACGCCUCAUUUCUCACGAACAUUCAGUUUGGAGUGCACAAUGAAGUUCAUAAUGCGGUGGGUGGCAUCAUGGUCACCUUUGCAUCGCCACGUGAUAUUUUUUUCUACUCGUGGCACGCAGCUAUUGACAUGUAUCUGCAUGUUUACCACCUCUGCCACUUUGGGAUGCCUCUUACCGAAGAGCAAAUACUUUCGGCAUCCAAAGCGUCUACGAAACAUUCGGACACAUGUGGUGGCGCGUCGGGUGUCGGCCCCAACGCAAAGAUCGUGCAGAAUGUGCUUGUGAAUGGUGAGAUCAUAGACAUUAGCGAACACCCGACGCUUGGAAAAUAUUUCUCGUAUGCUGGUAGUGAGAUGUGGAACUACGGAGAUGUGGCACAACUUGGAGACUACUCGUACUCGUACGAACUUCCAGACAUCAUCACGCAACAGUUGCUGAGCAAUAGUCAAAUCUGUGCAGCAUUCAGCAGUACAAACGUUCCAGCGACAUCAUCUCCUAUAACUUCUGUCUCAAGCUCAAGUGAUGACUCCUAUGUUGUAAAUGGGAGCACUAACAAUGGAGUUAAUAUCAAUUCAUCCAAAGAUGUUGACUACGGCUACGUCCACGAGACGAAUGUGACUCCACACACCGACAACUACGUCGUGGACGACUCUACCAAUGCAUCGGGUUCUGCACGUCUUUUAAAAGCCAAUUCUGGAAACUACUGGCAAUGGACACAAACCGCGUACGAUGGACUAUAUGACCGCUUUGAUGGCAACAUGGAUCUAGUGAUGCAGCAAAUGCAGUACGCAGAGUGCGAAGCGUUCAACAAAGACUACGGUAUUGAAGAUUUCUCCCAUGAGUUUGUCGAGAAUUUCCAUCUCCUCUCGAAUCGCCCCAUCUGUGGCAAAACGGUAGAUGAGAUUGCAUCCGGUAACGUGACAGUGGCCUGCAUCACGAACGGGUUCAAACCUGAUGCUAUCGAGUUCAGUGAUGAAGAGGUCAUCUUCAAGAUCAAAACCAACUACGAGUCGAAUCCUAUCGCUCCAGAAGAAUACAUGGACGCAAAAGCCAUCGCUGAUGCUCAAUGGAAAGCUAAACAAACUCCUACUGGUAUAAAAGCUACUCAAAAGGAUCAUAGCUUCACAACACCCACCCCAACUUCGACGAUCCACUGCGGUGUCAAGUAA